GCUCGGGCUCCGUCGCGUGGAACACCUGCAGGCCGGCGCGCCCGGGCUCGGCCUGCCAUCGCACCUCGAAGCCUUGGCCCGCUGUGUGCGACUGCGACGGCGCCGACGCUGCGUCGACGAGCAGGUCGCCCCUCACGAAGCCCAGUCCCGCUGGCGCCUUGGGAAACGGAUUGUUGAACCGCCGGGACCCGCUCUUGGGAUUCUUCUUCAUCGCCUCUGCUUCUCGCCAGCUGCUGCUGCUGCUGCUAUGCAGGAUUCAACCGCACGGAUCCCCGCUGGAAUGGAUUCUCGGGUCGAUGAUCCAAUAUACGUAACUCGAUUGAGCUCUCGCUUUCUGUGGGCGCUGUGAAUUCUUCGAGUUCUAGAGGUUUAGAGCCAGAGAGGAAACCAUCGAUGUCGAGGAUUGCACGGUGUGCAAUUGAAGGAAGAAAAGGCGAAAGCUCUCGAAGUGUCGGCUUUCGGUGACGACUGGUUCAUCGAGGGCGAGAGAAUCAGAUCUGCAAAAUUUCGGCACGACUAUGUAUGAACUGCGCAACUCUCGCAUGGAAGAAAUUGACUGCCACGUCUAGAGAACAGAUGAAGCGAAUUCGUCAGCCAGUUCCAGAUUCUAACGACGAUGAGAAAUCCAACCGAUGCUGCAAUCUCCUGCCCUUCCAGGAAAAGGCUUCGCUCCCAUCACAUGUCUGCUCCGCCGUCUAUGAAUUCUGUCGAACGUACUCCUCCCCCGGCUCGUCACAUAUUCAUAUACUCGAAGAAGAGUUUGCUCUCGCAGUCAAACGCGUUCGUCGCCAUGAGAGUCAGUCAACCGGAAUCCAAGUGCAAACUACUUCAAAUUUAUUCGUUCUGCCUACUUAUGCUCGAGAAUCGAUCGGCCUGCCAGUCUGCGUCUACGAGGUCGAGGAAAGAUGGGACCUGGCGCGAGGGUCCUUAUAUACCCACGAGAUGGGUCCGAAGGUCGCCAGUUCGAAAGAGGCAGGACGAGAUUCAGCGUCAGAAUGAAUAUGCAGUGAUUUCCACGUGGCCUGCACCCCCAGGGGUCAAGAUCCAGAUCCUCCAUCGCCAGGUCUGCCAGUUCUCCGGCCCCACCGUCGCAGCGUUGACAUGGCCGUCCCGCAGUUGGUAAUUCCGCUCAGCCAAGAUCGGGAUUCCAUCUCCCCUUGAAUCCCCCUCCCCACUUCCGGGAAG